AUCUUCCCUUAUUCACUCCACACAGUGCAGUAAUUUAUAGAGACAGAUACAGAGACACAGAGAUGGGGAGUUGGGGUCUGUCCAUGUCCCUCGUCUCCUGGUCCUUCCUCCUCUGCUUGUCCAGCCCUACCCCUAACCCCCUGUCCCUUGCUGACCUGGAGGACUUGAAGGCCGUUCCAGCAGAGGUCAUCAUACACAACUCUCCCUGCAGCACCACCUGCGGUGUGGGCCUGCGCACCCAGGAGCUGUGCCCACUGAGAGAGGGCCAGGUCGGGGAGGAGAAGGACUGCCAUGUCCGGAAGGUCCGCUGUGUGGACUCCUGGCAGUGUGGUCUGCAGACUGUCACUGUGCUUGCUGGUCAGCGGUUGGAGCUGGACUGUCUGGGUGAGGUGAUGGAGGCCAUGGGUCGCUUCUCCUUCCGGGUAUCGUGGCGCUACGCCCGGGGGGUGGUGACCACCGACGACUCUCUGCUGGGACGCUGGGACGCCCCCAGGCUAGACCGGCUAGUCCUGGACCCCGUGAGGGAGGAGGACGCUGGGACAUACCGCUGUGAUGUACAGGACACUGAUUACCGCAGGGUCAAGAGACUCUACCUGGGGCUCAAGGUGCUCCCUCCUGAGGCUCUCAGACUGGACUUCCCCUCUGCUCUGGCUCGGUGGGACGAUGGGGAUGAGGAUUCCCAUGGUAACAUCAUCGUGGUGAAAGAGGAUGAGGACCUGUACGGCAGCACGGUCGUCAAGGAUAUUGUUUUGAAAAGCCUCUGGGUUGCAGUGGUCGCAGUGGUCGUCUUCUUCUUGGGUAUGUACAGGAAAUACGUCCUGGCCCGUGUCUGCCUGGGCCGCCCCGAUGGUUCGCCUCUCCCUGCCCCUAACAGAACCCCUUUCUCCAUUAAUACCAUCACGCCACCAGCAGGUGGCCCUGUUGACCGUGUGUCUACUAGCUGCUGACAGACACAAGUAAAUGGCCUGUGGGCUACUACUUACGUAAACAAACAAUUUUUUGGACUAUGUUGCUGUGUUGUUUGUCUGUAGAGAAAAACAUUUACUCAAAACAUUUACUCAAUAUAAAAGUCACUCAACCAGAAACGUGAGCCUGUUUGACAGCAGUUUGUAGUGUUGAGAGCUCAUGUUUACAUGAGAUUUCUGUUUUCUCAGCCCGAGAAGGUAGUUAUUGCGUCCUUGAAAUGUAUUGGUGUGUUUAAAAAGGACAACUAGUUGUUUUCUGGGAGAGGAUGAGGGAUGAUUUUUCCUGAAUCAUCUCACAAUAUCUGUAAAAUGGUACAAGUACCUUCCAAAACAUGCACAAAAAAAAGCCUUUUCUUCUUUAAAGAAAUGUAUUUUUAAAGGUUAGACUCGAUGCUGGCUAAGGAAUCAUCAUUUUAACCUGACGAAGGUUCGUGUUAUGUCGAUAUGUUGUCAGUAAAAGGUGGUAAUUGGGAGCAUCCUGCGUGUCUGUUCAUUUGAAGUACUUCCUUAUCCCGACAUCUGGGUCGUUUCACAAAUAAAUAGUGCCUUUUGCGUCCCUUUUGAUACUUUAAGUAGAAAUUGUGCACCGGUACUGAAUUUUUAAAAGCCUGUUAUAUUUAAAUGAAGUGCCCUUUAAUUUAGACUACAUAGAGAAUUCAAUAAACCAGAUUUUUUAAUAUGAAUAAUU